UCUUCUAAAAGAUUGCUGAUAUGUUGACAGUAGUAAUGUAAUCGGUCACGUGUUUGGUGUUUUGGUGUUUUGUGUUGGGCUUUAUUGGUUACGUUUUUUAGGAGGCAAGUAGGGGACCCAAAGCACCAUAGGUGAGCUGCACCUGCACUAGUCCCCCACUUUAAAGUGUUAAGGUCCGAUGCGGGAGCAGCAGAGGCCUUUAUAACUUUUGAAACAAAUGAUUAGAAUGAUUAGAUGCAAAAUCCUUAGCCUUUCCCUUCUAUUCAUUCAUUCUAUUUCUGUUCCCCUUGUUUCUUAAUAAGUUUCCAUUUGCCCUUUCUCUUCUCUGCUACCACCGCCCUCAUACUACUACUCCUCAGCUUCGUGCACCAAAACACGCCCAUGCUGUGGAAGCGCACGCACAUGGAGCUCGCCCCCGCCGCCGCCGCCGCCGCCGCCGCGUUCUCCGACUCCGACAACUCCAGCAGCGUCUGCUUCGCCGGCGACCACCCCUCCGCCGACGCCGCCGGAGCCGACAUGGCAGCCGCAGCAGCAGACCUCGAGGCGCUCCGCCGCCUAUCCGAAAACAUCGGCUCCGUCCUCUGCGCCGACUUCGACUACUUCGCCGACGCCGUCAUCGUCGUACCCGGCGGCGGCGCGCGAGCGCCGAGGGAGAUCGGGGUCCACCGCUGCGUGCUCUCCGCGAGGAGCCCCUUCUUCAGGGAGGUGUUCGCGAGGAGAGAGAGGGGAGCGGCUCCGGGGGCGCCGGAGAGGGUGGAGGUGCGGGAGCUUGUGGGGGAGUUCCAGGUAGGGUACGAGGCGCUCGUUGCGGUGCUCGAGUACCUGUAUAGUGGGAGGGUCGGGCCCCUCCCCAGGGAGGUGUGCAUCUGCGUCGACGAUGAGUGCCCCCACGCCGCGUGUCGCCCCGCCGUGGACUUCAUAGUGGAGGUGCUCUACGCCUCCUGCACCUUCCAGGUCUUCGAGUUGGUCAACCUCUUCCAGCGGCGCCUUCUGAAUAUUAUCGAAAAGGUGGCGAUCGACGAAGUUCCAGUGAUUCUCUCUGUUGCAAACUUUUGCGGCAAAUCUUGUUCCCGGUUACUAGCCAAAUGCAUUGAGAUUGCUGUUAAAUCAGAUCUCGACAUAGUUACACUCGAGAAGGCAUUACCUCCAGACAUUGUCAAACAAAUUGUAGACACGCGCACAAGCCUGGGAUUAGCCUCUCCAGAAAACAGCUUCCCAGAUAAGCACACAAGGAGAAUAUACAGAGCCCUUGAUUCAGACGAUGUUGAAUUAGUGAUGAUGCUCUUAAGGGAAGGGCACACUACUCUAGACGAUUCUUAUGCAUUGCAUUAUGCUGUUGCACAUUGUGAUUCAAAGAUUACAACAGAACUUCUCGAUCUUGCACUAGCGGAUAUUAACUAUAGAAAUCAAAGGGAUUACACUGUGCUUCACGUUGCUGCAAUCCGUAAAGAACCUAAGAUCAUUCUCUCUCUUCUAACGAAGGGUGCUAGACCAUCGGAUCUUACUUCUGAUGGGCGAAAAGCACUUCAGAUCUCAAAGAGACUAACCAAGUUUAUGGACUAUUUCCGAGCCACUGAAGAAGGAAAAGAUUCUCCGAAAGAUCGCCUGUGCAUUGAGAUACUGGAACAAGCUGAAAGAAGGGCUCCGCAGAUAGGAGAAGCUUCUGUUUCUCUUGCUAUGGCCGGUGAUGAUCUUCGUGUGAAAUUGUUGUACCUUGAAAAUCGAGUUGCUCUAGCAAGGAUGUUGUUCCCCAUGGAGGCAAAAGUUGCCAUGGAAAUUGCCCAAGUGGAUGGCACAUUGGAAUUUACAUUGGGUUCAAGCUCAAAUAACACCAAUAGGAACAAGAGAACAGCUGUUGAUUUAAAUGAUACACCUUUCAAGAUCAAGGAAGAGCACCUAGCUCGAAUGAGAGCACUGGCCAAAACAGUGGAACUCGGGAAGCGCUUUUUCCCACGGUGCUCCAGGGUCCUUGAUAAAAUUAUGGAUGAUGAAACAGCAGAGCUCACUUGUCGUGAAAAAGAUAUUACUGAGGAGAAGAGCAGAAGAUUGCUUGAACUGCAAGGUGCUCUUGAAAAAGCUUUUUGCGAGGAUAAAGAGGAAUAUGACCGGUCCGCGGUCUCAUCGUCAUCGUCAUCUACUUCUGCAGGAGUUUUUCGAACAAGGAAAUAGCAAAGUGUUACACGUGCGAGAAUAUUCUCCAGAAAUUGAGGUUUGGUUGCCCCACAUCUGUUGCUAGUUAUAUCAUCUGCACUACAAGAUGUAAGGGUUUUUUUCCCCCCUUUUCUUGUUGAUAUUCUUUUAAUCAUGUUUUUUUUCCGUCUUCUCAUGUUUCAAGUAUCUGUUUUUCCUGUUUCCAUAGAUGGUGAACACUUGACCAUGUAGAUGAAUUAGCUUCGUAAAUUGUGGUUCCUUCUCUCUAUCACCUUUUUAAGGUUUCUAAUUUUGAUUGCUUGGGCCCCAAUAUAAUGCAGUCAUCAUUUCACAUUGAAACAUCAACUCAGGCUGUGGUUUGGAAUAUAUAACUAGAUGCCGUUUUAGCCAGGAUGUGGGGAAUAAUACAGUUGUAUGAUGUGCCGUUUGGUAUGGUGUUAUGCUGUAAAAACAAACUAUGAAGCCUUUGGCUUUUAUCAUGCAAGUGAUGUCUGUUAUAGAAUGUUGUCUGGUUAAAUAUUAUGUAAAAGUGCCAUAGAAUAUUGUAAAUAACUAAAAUAACCAAAAUGCUAUUUUGUUGUUUUCGU